CAACUACAGUCAAAGUAGGCCACAUGUCGAUGUCCUCCUAGAACUGUUGCUAAGUUCAUCCCAAUAAGGAAAACAGCAUUUUAUACAAAAGUAUGGCUGUGUUUUGGCUUUUGCCCGUUACAAGACUUAUGCAUUUUAUACAUACAUCAUAAAAUACUAAUUGGUCGUGAGACAUUUGUUGUUAUUAGUGACGUUUUAAACACCAUUUUCAAUUAUGGCCGUCACCGCAGCUGCCCAACUUUUAGACGAAUUAAUGGGUAAAAAUAGAAAUGUAGCCCCCGAUGAACAAGUAAAACCAACCGACUGGAGGGAUGCUAUUUACUGCAAGUAUUACUUGGUGAAGUUAUGUCCUCAUGACUUAUUUGUAAAUACCAAAAACGACCUUGGUACGUGCCCCAAAAUCCAUGAUGAAGAUGCUCGACAAUUGUUCCAGGAAGUGAAAAAUACCGAUCAGAAGAAAUUGCAAUACCAUGUGGAGUUUCUGCGUUUUUGUGCUUCUAUAAUGAAUGAUCUCGAAAGAAGAAUUGACAAGGGUAAACAAAGAUUAGCCCUAAUGUCAAGUUCUGCUGAAAGUGCACCUAAAGUUGCAAAAAUCAAUCAAGAGCAGAUAAACAUUCUUAGCCAAAAAAUUGAAGAACUAGAAACCCAGGCUGAACAAGCAGGUAUAGCAGGCAAUGUGGAACAUGCUCAGGGUAUUUUAAAGCUUUGUGACCAACUGAAGGAAGAGAAAGAUGCUCUUUUAAAACCAGUAGAAAGACCUCAAAAUAACAACUCUGACCUUACACAAGAAAAGCAAAUGGAGGUUUGUGAAGUCUGCGGAGCUCUUCUUAUCGUGGGUGAUGCACAGCAGCGUUUAGAAGACCAUCUAAUGGGAAAACAACAUAUGGGGUAUUCAAGAUUAAAAGAAAUUAUUGAUGAGAUAUCUCAGUUAGUGAAGGAUACCAGAGAACUACUUUAUGGGCCCAGAAUAUCCGAAAAGAGAGGUAGAGAAAAGGAUUCGAGAAAGGACAGAAGUAGGGAUAGAGGUAAAAAGAAGGAUAGAAAAUAUGAUGUAGAAUAUGAACAAGCAAAAACGGAAAAAGAUGAAGAUGGUGAAAGAGAUAGAAGAGCAAAAGACAAGUCUCGGUUAGAUGAUAGAAGCCAUAGAAGAGAUUCUCAUAGAGAUCGAGAACAUAGAGAUAAGGAGAGAUAUGAUGAUAGGCAUAGAAAUAGAGACAGGGAAAAGAGAAAACAUCGAGAUUCUAGUCAUCAUCAUAGUUGUAGCCAUCGCAGACACAAAAAAUAAAAUUCUGAUAUAGAUAAUUCUUCACUACAAAUCGUGUGAAGGAUAUAAUAUGUGUGUUCUGCAAAAUACAGCACAACCGGAACACACCGUUCAUGCAAGGGUUUCUCUUCUUAAAAAUGUGACAUAAUCAGAAUAGAGAUAAAUUGAAUCCAGUUAUAAUGGAAGGUAUGGAGCUAGAUUCCACCUCUCCAACAAAAGACAUUCAGGUACCUACAUUAAAUUUGAAAUUUCGUUAUAGCAAAUACUAAACGAUAGCUACAUAAACACAGCUGAAAUUUUAAUCAACUAUAUGUCUUUGUUUUAAUCGUCUUUUGAAUAUUUAAGAUAUUCAGAAGAUGAUCAAGUACUAUAUUUACAUCAGCAAUAACAUUUUCCUUCUUGUUUCCUUUCCUAAUUCUUUUUUCACUUGUGUAACCUAAACAUUUCAGCAACUAUUUUUACUAAGUAUUCAAAAAUGGGCUGUAUCUUUAUAAUACCAUUCCAAACAGAAAUAUUUAUAGGAUAAGUUGAUUUUAAAAUUAUUUAUUAAUACAUUAUUUCGCAUAACAAUUUAUUAUUUUUAACAUACCAUUUGUAUUACUCUCGCUACCAAUACUCAUGUGGAUUAGGAGAUUUUUUUUUGUUUUUUUUGUGGGCUUAUUUCUUCAUUGAGCACACAAUUUUAGUCAAACAAAAACGUUCAUGCAACGUUUUAAAAGUGACCAUUUCUAGUGUAAGAAGCCUUUUUAUCCUAGUGUUUUUUUUUUCUUUUUAGCAUAAAAUAGCCUCACUUACACUUAAGUGUUUAUCACACAUAAUAUUUUUCCCUUUUAAAACGAAACUAACAAGCUUUCUCGUAAAAUAGGAAACACUGUCUGAUGUAUUUUGCAAGAUAUAUAAUAUUAUUUGAUUCAUAUAUUUUCAAUAUUUUGGCUCCAUUCUUAAUUAUUGUCAACAAAGUGCUUGUUAAUCAAUACUAUACCGCCACUUGUUUUUCUCCAUGACAUUUUUCACUGCCUGGAUAACAUCAACUAUCUCACGAAUGGUUAAAGCUUUUAUCUUCAGUGUGGUGCUCAGGUUUACAAUACUUGUGGAUUGUAAGUAGUGAUUACAAGAGAGCUAUAAAAUUAUAUCCCGAGUAACACUUUGACAACUUUAAUUUCACGACCCGCAGGGGAGUGAAAUUAUGUCAAAGUGUCACGAGGGCAAAACAAAUCGGUGAUUUUUAAGAGCUCGAGAGUAAUUCGGUAAGAAUAUUUCAUGAAUAAAACUGUUUUUUAAAUCAUUUUAACUAAUAUUUUAUUGAUAUCUUCGCCUGAAUAUUUGCUAAAUCUGUUCAUGGUGUUCGCUUUGACAAGUUGUAAAGCAUUAAUUGUCAUUAAUGUCACUGAAUGUUCAUUUUUGCAUAGCAACGAAGGGCAUUUGACGUAAUACUUGACUACAGCAAAUUAUUGAAAAAAAUUCCCCCUGCAAUUUUUAUUCUUGUAGCUUUCUAUUGGUCAGAGUCUCUAUGAAUAAAAUAAUCAUGGAAAUUAAAGAUGUUAGAACAUGAAAAGAUGUCACAAAUAGUCCAGUGCUUGCUGUGAUAAUAAUUUCAGGACAAACACUGGAACAUGUACUAAGUAAUUUUAUUGAUAUACUUACUGUCAUACUAUGAUUUCACCAGUCCCAGUGUUUCCUUCCUCUGCUACACUAUCAGUGCCACUAACAAUAUUAUCAUUUUCAGUAGUAGGUAAAAUAAUAUUUGCUUUAUUUUGUUUUCCAUAGAAUUGUACCAGAUCCGUAAUAAAAACAAGAAUCAAAAUAUAAAAAUACAAUUAGGUACUAUUGCACAGUGCAUAUUUGAAUAUACAGCUUCAUCUUCAAUAGACUACAGGUAACUAAAUGUCUUUCUUUUUGAUAUACAUUAAUUACCCAGAAUAAAUUCAUUUAGGUGAUUUACCUCCAUAUUACGAUAACAAAAUCUUCUGUGUGCUUGUUCAGACAUGUAGAUUAUAAGCUAUUUUAGAUCUUCGAAAGUAAUGAUACAAACAUACAUUAUUUCAAGGUGUGUUUGUAGGUUUAUCAGGUUUUAUCAUGAAUUAAACUUUUAAAAUACAUAUGUUUAAAGUUACGGCAAAUAUUGGCAUGUUUACCAUAAAAAUUCUUUUAUAUUGUUUAUUCUGGACACUGCGCUCUCUCUUGAUAAACUUAGUUAUGACAUUUUUUUCCUGUCACUACAUUUGUUGUAGUUCCCAGGAUAUUGCUAAUGAUUAAGCUUGUUGGGAUACUGUAUACAGUAUGUAAGUCGUUCAGCUGGACAUAGGCAACAUACAUUGUAUAUAUUUAGAUACAUAAAUACAUAUAUUGUAUUAUAUUGAGACAAUUGUGGCAACUGAGCUCUCUCGAUGACAAUAUGGUUGUUAGCAUUAAGGGACAUUAACCUCAAAAUUGACAACUCAUUUCGACUGACAUAAAUAAAUGUCAAAAUAUAACAAUGUAUUAGCUAAAUAUUAUUGGCGUAAGGGAAUGGGAAAACUGUUUGAUUUUGAAAUUAGUUUUUAAAUAAAAAAUAUUUUAAAAAUUAAAGUAAAAUUAUUAACUCGUUAAUCAUAAACUUUGUUUUUGAUUUAUUUAUGGACAGCCUUGCUUCAAAACUCACUCAUUAUAUUCGUUAUAACAGCUCUAUUGCACCAAAAACUCAUAUUUAAACAGAAGCUUCAACUAACACAUGUUAGCGCAGUUGCCACAAUUCUCUCAAUGUAUAUUUCCUAUGUCCAGCUGAAAGAUUUACGUACUGUAUAUAACAGCUUAUUGUCAAAAAGAAAUAUACAAUAUUGCCAUAAAUUAUAUAUAGUGGUUUCACCUGCAGAAAUGAACAAAUCAAAAUAUGAAAAAAUACUGUACUCUAUUUGUGUCCUACUGUUUAAUGUUACACCCUUAUUUGAGGGAAUUUCUAACAGCUUUGUUGUUACAUUAUUAGUUUAAAUUAUACAAACUGGGUACUUUAGUCCUGUUCGAGUACAAGAAAAGUAUUAAAUUUUAAGGUAAUUUCGAUUUUUCCAAAAAGUAUUUGUCAUAUUGCAGGUGUACAGACAAUAUUUAAAAAUUUGUAUGAAAGUUUUAGUCGAAAUAGAGAAAAAAAAUUGUCAACAAUUGGAAUUUUUGUGGUAUAAUUUACAAUUGAAUGCAUAAUUCUAAGUGGUUAUUAUUAUUAAAUUCUGAGGAUAAAUGUACCAUUUUUAUUGAUUGUCAGACCAUGUUAUGGUAUCUGUCAUACUAAUUACUAUUUUAUGUAUAUGUGUUAUGUAAACAAAAGUUGUUGCAGUGAUAAUUGUAGAUAGUCCAGAAAGCCACUGCGCAUCCGCUAGGAAAAAUAUUCUAAUUAGGAUUUUUUGCACAAUCUUACUCAAAAAGGACUUUUUUUACAUGUUGCCAGGACCAAAAGGUGGUCAAACAUUUUUUGAACGUUUUUUUUUGUUUCUUUCCUUAAAUUAUUUUUUUUUGCCAGGAAAAAAGUUUUUUUUAGGUUUUUUGGAUCAUUCCAAACAGAAAAGGUCUUUAGUGACUUUUCUCUAAAAAUGAUAGUUUUUGACAUAUAUUAUAAUCGAUUAAAAAUUGAAAAAUUGCGAAAUCGGCCAUUUUUAACCCUCAAAAACUAUGUGAAAAAUUGAAAAUUUUAAUGUUGCCAAGGUAGGUAGAUAUUCUUUAAACAUCGAUUGAUGAAAUCCUGAAGAGUUUUUUGCAAUACAAUAUUCAAAACUCCUUUGUUUUUUAAUUGCUAAUCAAGCGUGCGCGACACUAUUUUCCACCGACAGUAUGGUGCAAAUGAAAGGAAUAAAUUCGUUAUUUCGUAAACCGGCGACUUUAAGGAAAAAUCCCGAAACAGGUCGAUUUUUAUUUUUAAGCUGUGAUAUUGUGGCAUAUAUGGUAUACUAGUGACGUCAUCCGUCUGGGCGUGAUGACGUAAUCGAUGAUUUUUUUAAAUGAGAAUAGGGGUCGUGUGGUAGCUCAUUUGAAAGGUUCUUCAAUUCUCUAUUCAGUAAUGUAAACAUUUACAUAAUUAUUUAUACAGGGUGUCCUUCUACUUCUUUUUUUGUCAAAUAAUUUAAUUUAAUAAAAAUUUUUUGGACACCCUGUAUAAAUAAUUAUAUAAAUGUUUAUACUACUGAAUAGAGAAUUGAAGAACCUUUCAAAUGCGCUAGCACACGACCCCUAUUCUCAUUUAAAAAAUCAUCGAUUACGUCAUCACGUCCAGUGGAUGACGUCACUAGUAUACCGUAUAUGACACAAUAUCAUAACUUAAAAAUAAAAAAUCAACCUGUUUCGGGAUUUUUCCGUAAUGUCGCCGGUUUACGAAAUAACGAAUUUAUUCCUUUCAUUUGCACCAUACUGUCGGUGGGAAAUAGUGUCGAGCACGCUUUAUUAGCAAUUAAAAAACAAAGGAGUUUUGAAUAUUGUAUUGCAAAAAACUCUUCGGGAUUUUAUCAAUAGAUGUUUAAAGAAUAUCUACCUACCUUGGCAACAUUCAAAUUUUCAGUUUUUCACAUAGUUUUUGAGGGUUAAAAUGGCCGAUUUCGCAGUUUUUCAAUUUUUAAUCGCUUAUAUGUCAAAAACUGUCAUUUUUAGAGAAAAGUCACUAAAGACCUUUUCUGUUUGGAAUGAUCCAAAAAACCUAAAAAACUUUUUUCAAUCCAAAAAAAAAUAAUUUUGAAAAAAAAACAAAAAAUUUUUGACUACCUUUUGGUCCUGGCAACAUGCAAAUUUGUUAAAAGGAGUCCUUUUUGAGUAAGAUUGUGCAAAAAAACCGAAUUAGAAUAUUUUUCCUAGCGGAUGAGCAGUGGCUUUCUGGACAAAGAAAAAACUACAAAAUACAUUAAUUAAAUUAUAUAUUUAAUUGGCAAAAUUGUACAACUUUUGUAUACAGUUCAAAAGAUUAAUGUUAACACGUUGAUGGACAGUGCGUCAAAUUUAUAAGCAAGUGUUGUGACACUAUUUUGCCUUUUGCAAAGUAGAUUAGGGAAAUUGUUGAAUUUUUUGAGUUGAAUUUUUUAACAUUUUUUGUAAACAUGUGGACGACGACCAAGGACAUCGUGUCACAUUCAAUAUGCAUCUGUAGAUGUAAUGUGACAUUUUUUGUCACAACUCGUUAUUUUAAAAAUGACAUCUAUAGACGUUGUGUCACAUUACAUUAAAGGAAAUUAGACGUCUAUAGACGUUCUGUCCGUCAACGUGUUAAAAAAGGUUUGCUGCUUUUAUAGCUAUACUAUGUAGUUGAAUAAUAAUAUAAAAAAUAAACUGCUCUUCAUAUAA